AUGGGUGAAGACUUCUUCGAAUAUCUACCACCAGAAGUCAUAGUAAAUAUCCUCUCAAGACUCCCCACUCGAGCAGCUGUGGUCUGCAAGUGUGUUUGUAAGCCAUGGCUCGGUCUGCUCGCUACUCCUGAGUUUGUGAAUCCCCAUAUGUCUAGAUCAGUCCCGGGCCUUGCUGUUGAAACACACUCCAACUCAUUCGAAAUCGUUGAAUUUGUGGAUGAGCUCGAAACAGAACUUUUUAGCACGUUUUCUGUACCUCCUCCUUGUGGCAUAGGUUCACGUGAUUGUAAGACACCAUCUGUUUUGAGGGGCUGUCUCUGUGUAAGCCAUAUUACGGCUGAUGGGGAGAUUGUAAUCUGGUUGAUGAUGGAAUAUGGAGAUGAGAAAUCUUGGGCAAAGGAGAUUGUAAUCUGUCGAAUCAAUUUGUCUCGAGCACACAGACGACUGCAGCGGCGCCGCUCUCAAGUUCCGCCGUCUCCACCGCAUUCCAACAUAAGGGGUUAUUACAUCAAGAUGGGUAAUUCCAAACUGGGCGAAGAUUUCUUCGAAUAUCUUCCAUCAGAUAUCAUAGUAAAUAUCAUCUCAAGGCUCCCCAUUCAAGACGCUAUGGCUUGCAAGUGUGUUUGUAAGCCAUGGCUUGUUCUUCUCGCUACCCCUGAGUUUGUGAAUUCCCAUCUUUCUAGAUCAGUCCCGGGCAUUGCUAUUGAAACACACCCAAAGUCAUACGACGUCAUGGAAAUUGUGGAUGAGCUAUGCAAUGAGGAGUGUCAUCCGUAUACAGCCUUCAACUUCAAACUGCCCUUUGAUGAGCCAAUCCAUAGUUCAGCUAACGGUUUGAUCUUUCUAAGAGGCGUCGAUCAUGGUGAUCUUAUCCUGUGCAAUCCAGUCACACGUGAUUAUAUCAAGCUCCCUUCUCCUCGACAAACCACCUCAAGAGAUCAGCUUGCAUGGAGUUUUGGAUUUGGAGUGAGCAAAACGACCGGCCAAUUUAAGGUGGUUAGGAUUUUCUUAGAAAAACCACUACAUGGGGAGUACAAAAAACCACGACAUGAGUACAAAAAUGAGAGCCAAGUAUACACUGUUGGAACCGGAAUGUGGAGAAAAGUUCCCCAUGGUAGCCGGCACUGUUUUCUUGACAGACUUGGAGGGUUACUUUUUAAUGGAAAUCUUCAUUGGAGGGUAAUUGAGAAAAUCGGAGAUGACUUGGUUGAAUGGAUUUCUUGCCUUGAUCUUGAAACAGAACGUUUUAGCACCUUUGCUGUACCCUGUAUUCCUGAUAUAGAGCCCUACAUUAUUAAGACACUGUGUGUUUUGAGGGAUUGCCUCUGUUUGUGCUAUAAAACUGCUACAAAUUUUCGGGAGCUUGCAAUUUGGUCGAUGAAGGAAUAUGGGAAUGAAAAAUCUUGGACAAAGGAAGUUUUAACCGGCGAAGCUUUCGGAGGAUAUUCUGUACUUCAUGCUUUCCCGUUCAAAGUUUUCGAGAAUGGUGACAUCUUGAUGGAAUGUGAUAGGGAGAAUCUAUGCUACUACUCCAACAAGACUAAAACUUACUAUGACUUCUUUAUUCGAGAGGAUUGUAAUGAGUACAUAUCUACGACCAUGUAUACCCCAAGCUUUCUCACUUUGAAGAAUUUUGUGAUGGAGAAUGUGAGCUCAUUUUGAGCUGUGACUGCCAUUUGAUGUCUGCUGAUGAAAUACAUGAAUGGUGAGAGACAAAGCUCUUCUGGAAUUGGUGCAACUCUUUUGCUAAGAUAACAUUAGUUUUAUUUGUGAUAUGGAGUAGCUUUCUUGGUGCAACUCUUUUGCUAAGAUAACAUUGGUUUUAUUUAUAAUUACAAAUUAUCAGUAUAUGAUUCUUACUUA